AUGCAAAAAAUCGAAAAAAUUAUAUUUAUUCCUUCACAUGAUAAAACACCUUUAGAAGUUAGAUUAAGUUAUUGGAAAGAUGAAUUAGGUAGAAUUGUAAAUGGUGAUAGUGGUACUGAUAAAAGUAAUAAAAAUAUCAAUAUUUACAAUUCAAGAAUUCGAAAUUCAAGUAUUGGAAUAGGAAAUUCUGGAGGAAGAACUAGUUGGUCAGGAGAACCCGAAUGUGGUGAUUAUAAGUCUAUAGCAGAAUGUCUAAUAAAUUCGGGUAGAAUUAGAAAUGAAACCAUAAUUGAGUUGCCUAAAAUUUUGGAAUUGAUAAUUGUUUUAUCCCUUAUCCUCUUAUUUAUUUAUGGGAAUUAUGAUCAAUUUACUAGAUCAGGUCGAUUUAAAAAUUGGAUUCGAGAAAAUAAUUUAAUUAAUAAUCCUCGAUGGACUAUUAAAGAAUUACGAGGAGUUGAUCAUUUUUAUGUUACGAGUUCGAUGGGAAAUUCUUUAACUCAAGAAUUAAAUGAAUGGAAUUCUAAUAAUUCUUAUAACGCUGAGAGUUCAAAUAAUGAAAGUAAUGUAUAUAAUUGA